AUGGCGGCGCCCAGGGCCGGCUCGGGUUUGGAUACGGACACCGAUUCGGACAGCAGCGACGAGGCGGCAGCGCGGUUCCGGGAGGCCGCCUGGGACUGCGCUGCGCAGACGGCGAUGUCGGUGCGGGCGGAGCCGCGCGGCGGUGGCUUUAAGAAGGAUCAGUUACAGCCCACUCAGCCCAGCCUAAGGUGCCAGGUGAAUGGCCAUGGUGAGGAUGGAAACGAGCUACAGACAACACCAGAGUUCAGAGCGCACGUUGCGAAGAAGCUGGGAGCAAUUCUAGAUGGUUUCAUCACUGUCUUGAAGGACUCCUCGAAACCUUCACGACCUUCUGUGCCGCAGCCUGACUCUGCAGAUGACGGUUUUCGCCUCUUCUCUUCCUCUGUCCCAGGAGACUCUGGGGAGUUGGAGCCUUGCCCUGCAGCGAGGAGGAGGCGGCCAUCUAGCUCCAGCGACACAGACAGUGACCAGGAGAUGCUAAAGUACCAGGAGGCUGCUGUGUCUGCUGCAGACAUUCUGAAGCAAAGUGCUUUCCCUGCACUGUCCCAGGAUUCCAGCCAGGAUCAGAGUCAGGGUUACGCAGAGCACGGCCAGAAAAAAAAGAAGAAAAAGAAAAUUAGGAGAGAGAACAAUAUUCAAGAGACAGUAAUGGACCCAGCAGAGUGUGACCAGAUCAGCAAAGAUUUGCCACGGUCGGUGUCUGCAAAUGGACAGGACAGCAGUCGCACAGAGAACUCGGUGCUGCCAGGAGUUGUGAAGAAGAAAAAGAACAAGAAAAAAAGAGAAUGA